CUCCCCGCCAGGAAACCCUCCGUCCACAUCGAUCCCAUGAUUCCCAUCUCCACCUCCGUCUCCCUCCGUAUAUACGCGCCCGUGUCCCCUCCCCCCUUCCUUCCCUGCGUCCGUGGCCAGCACCCAAUCCACAGCCGUACCUUGCUCGCUGGCCGGCUAGCCGCCUCUCGCUUCCUACGUACGUGCGUACGUCGUCAGAUGGCGUCGACGACGGCCGACGACGCGGCGGCGGGGCGGCGCAAGGCGGGCACUCCGCCGGCCCUGCCGCCGCCCCCGGCGGAGCAGGCGGUGAGGUGCCCGCGCUGCGACUCGCCCAACACCAAGUUCUGCUACUACAACAACUACAGCCUGUCGCAGCCGCGCCACUUCUGCAAGACCUGCCGCCGGUACUGGACCAAGGGCGGCGCGCUCCGCAGCGUCCCCGUCGGCGGCGGCUGCCGCAAGAACAAGCGCUCCCGCUCCGGCUCCUCCUCCUCCUCCCGCGGCCUCUCCCUCACCACGCCGGCCGGGGGCGGCGCCGACCAGGACCAGCAGCACGCGGCGAGGAUGAGCAUGGGCGGGUUUCCUGGCGGCGGCGGCGGCGACUUCCGCGGCGUGGUCGGCAUGCUGCCGGUGCUCCACUCCCCGGCCGUCGUCGGCCAGUACGUGCCGUUCGGGGACUGGUCCUCGGGGGAAACCAACGGCGGGGGCGCGGCAGGCCGCGCGACGAACGGGUCGGCGGGAGCCGGAAACGGGGCGGCGAGCAGCGCCAUCGCGUCGUCCAUCGAGUCGCUCAGCUUCAUCAACCAGGACCUCCACUGGAAGCUGCAGCAGCAGCGGGUCGCCACCAUGUUCCUCGGCCCGCCUAGCGCCUCCUCCUCCUCCCACCCCCACGCCGUCGGUGGCGGGAGCAAUGGCAUGCCAGCCGCCGCCCAGUUCGGAGGAGGCGGCGCCUUCCUGCAGAUGGCGGGGCUAUCCGGCUGCAUGGAGACGCUGCCGGCGACCACGACAUGGUUCAUGGACAACUCCUACGCGUUGCCUUCCCCGCCCCGACCCGCUGCCGGCGUGGGCGCCGCCAGUAGCAACAUCAACAGCGGCCGGAGUAGCGGCGGCGGCGGGGAUGAUAACGCCACGUCGGACAACAACAACUGCGGCGGCUCGAUCCCGUCAUGGGGCGACAUUUCGACGUUCGCAAUGCUGCCGUAGAAACUUCAACGACUUCCGAGUGCGGAUUCCGAAGGAAUCGAGCUUGUUGCUAGGGAGGCUAAUUUAUCCCUGUUAUUAAUUCAUUAGCGGAUGGUUGGUCUCUAACUGGGUUGAGAUAUACUAAGUGUAUUAAUUUUAGUUCUUAUUAUGAAGUGAUAUAGUGCCUGUCAGUUGUCACAGAACCCUAAUCAGCAAUCCAUGUAUCAUGUAAUUUUCUUUACCGUUUCUUCGUUUAUUUUGUUUCAUUUUCAUUCGCUUUUGCCUUUGUCUAUGCAUUUUUACAUGCAUUCGUGUUGUUAAAUGACUUGGGAGCGACCAUCUGUAAGUCGUGUAAAAAUUAAAUUUAAUGUAAGUUAAACUUUUUCAUA